GUUAGAAACUUAUUUGAACGAUUUUUGACAACUCAACAGUGAUUAUUAUUGCGAAGAAUUUUACUUGCAAAAUGUAUACUACGAGAAGACACUUAUUCGUCUUAGCAAAGACUUGUAAAAGAAUUUUGAUGCAGUCGAGCCACGAGAAUGUUUUAUUGCGUGAAAUCGAUCGUUACUGGAAUAAUGCGACACGCGUGCAAACAUAUUGCCAAAUCGCGAUCAACGCGAAAAGCAAUCAAACGAAUGUCAGUGUGAUAAAUGACGUACAACAAAUGCUCGAUGAAUUUCUUUCCAAUUCUGAGAAUGAAAAACUCUUACAAAUGUUAGAAUCAGAGUUGAAUGUCAUGCGACACAAUGCUGAGAGAAUUCCUGAGAAUCUUCGUCCGAUAGAUUGGUUAACGCUAUUAAAGUUAACAAGCUGGAAACAAAAAAGGUAUAAAUAAAUAUACCAUUUUUUUAUUUUAUACAAAAAAUUCUUUAAAAUUUUUAAAAAUUUGAAGAGAAUUCAAUGGUUAGCUACGAAAGCAGAAGCAGCAAUUGAAGAAAAUAAAAAUAUAGAAGAAGAAAUAAAAUAUGGAUUGACAAACAAUUCAUUAUUUCUGCGUAUAUACAAGAGAGUUAUGAAUCAAUAUCUUAACAAUAAAUUAAUUCAGGCUAUAAUGUUUGAACCAAAAAUCAUCUUUGAUUGCAGCUAUGAAAAUUAUAUGACCUAUUUUGAAAUCCAUAAUUGUGCCAAACAGCUAUCCUUGGCAUUCGCUAGGAAUCGCGCCCAUGUCGAUCCUAUGUGUCUUUACUUUUGCAAUUUGAACAGAGAUGGAAUGCUCAUACAGCAUUUUUAUAGCAAUAUGCCCAACCUACUAGAUGAUGAUUUCCCAGCAAUUGUAACAUCACAAUCUUAUUUAGAUUUAUUUCCAAGAGAUCAAUUAUUAUAUCUUACUCCGCAUUGUAAAACAGAUUUGAUAGAAUAUGAUUCUGAUGUAAUAUAUAUUAUAGGUGCUAUCGUAGACAAGAGCAACAAAGAACCCUUAUCUUUGGCGAAAGCCGAAAAAGAAGGUAUUCGUGUAGCCAAGUUACCUAUAGAAAAAUAUUUUGAGUGGGGUUCUUGUUCAAGGAAAAGUUUCACGCUUGAUCAGAUGAUGAAGAUAAUAUUAGAUUUAAGAUAUACAGGAAACUGGAAGAAAGCAUUACAGCAUAUUCCAAUUCGAAAAUUAAAACGGACAAAAAGUGUUUAUUAGGCUUCCCGCCCAUUCAGCACUACAAAUGCUUCGAAGUGUUUGAUGGACCAAUCAAACCAAUUACCAAUUGAUUUGAAAAUCAAUCAAACAACGUUUCGCAGCAUUUGUAACAUCAAGUGUGAACAUCAUUAAUAAAAAAACUUUGAUAUCUUAAUAAAGAUAGAGUUUUAAAUCACUUAUCACUGAUUUAAGAUUUUACAUUUUUCAAUGAAAAAAGAUGGUUCACUGUAUAUAAUAUAUUAUUCUACGUAUAAAAAUUUUGUAUGUGUAUUUUAAUUUAUACAUAAAUUAUAUGACAAUGAAAAAUGAGCAAAUGACCAUUCAUUUCA